AGGGAGAAGGAGACCAUGGCGGCGGCGGCGGCGAUUGGGGAGGGGAAGGGGAAGGAGAGGGUGUGCGUGACGGGGGCGGGAGGGUUCGCGGCGUCGUGGGUGGUGAAGUUGCUCCUCAACAAUGGCUACAUCGUCCAUGGAACUGUGAGAGACCCAAGUGAUGAAUCAAAGAAUGCCCAUUUGAAGAAAUUGGAGAAUGCUUUAGAAAACCUGCAACUCUUUAAGGCAGACUUACUAGAUUAUAACAGUGUAGCAUCUGCUAUUGCGGGCUGCGAAGGUGUCUUCCACGUUGCUAGCCCUGUUCCUGCAUCCAAAGUUCCCAAUCCGGAGGAAGAAAUGCUGAAGCCUGCUGUGGAUGGCACUCUAAAUGUGUUGAAAGCGUGUGCUGAGGCAAAAGUUAGGCGAGUUGUUGUGGUAUCAUCAUGUGCGGCUGUUCGAGCGAACCCAAAUUGGCCAAAGGGUAAGAUCAUGGAUGAGAAUUGUUGGUCAGACAAGGACUACUGCACAGAUACUGAGAACUGGUAUCGCCUAUCAAAGACGCUCGCAGAGAGUGAGGCAUUGGAUUUUGGAGAGAAAAAUGGGCUUGAUGUUGUAACUAUUUGCCCGUGUCUGAUUAUUGGACCCUUACUGCAAUCCACUGUAAAUGCUAGCAGUUCUCUUCUCAUCAAUCUUCUAAAAGGAGCAAGUGAGACGGUAGAGAACAAAGCCCAUCACAUUGUGGAUGUUCGAGACGUCGCCAGUGCUCUGCUUCUGGUGUACGAGAAGCCUGAGGCGUCGGGACGGUACUUGUGCGUCUCGCACCGUAUAAAAACGUGUGAUCUGAUAGACAUGAUAAAGAGGAUGUAUCCCAACUACAACUACCCUACAAACAUUGUCGAAGUAGAUGAUGAUGAAGUGACGAUUAGUUCUGAGAAAUUACAGAAGCUGGGCUGGAAAUUCAGGCCACUGGAGGAGACCCUCAGAGACAGUGUUGAGUACUACAAAGCUGCAGGUCUUCUGGAAUAGAAGGAUUAAAAGAGAUUCAUAUUUCAAGUUCCCCUUUUACACUUUACAGAUAAUAUGCACUGUAUGUGGUUUAAUAAUAGUUUCAAUUGUCGGUUGCUCUUUAGCUUCACUUUCAUGCAUGUUCCUAGCUAAGGUCAAUUAAAAAAUGGAACAAAAUAUUGUACUUGAUUUGAAAUGUAGGAUGAGGUUUUCCUGAAAAAUAAUCUACUUCAUGCUGUGCAUAUCAGUAUGUAACAUUGUUGCUGCCUAACUAUUGUUGGAAGAGCUUCAAUUGGUGCUAUUUUAUAGAGAUUGAUUGAUUGAUUGAUUGAUUCCUUUUAAAA